CUCACACACUUUACUAGACCUUCUCUGGGAACAGAACCAAAUUAACUGUAAAAAUUUGAAAUUCCAAAUUAAAAAAAAUAGCUCGGGCUAAAAAAUGUUUAGACGAACUGUUUUAACUUUAGGUAACAACACUCCAGUUCACGCCCAACGCUAUUUCCGUUCAUGUAAUUGUUAUUCUCAGUCUAAAGUAACGUUCAAAUGUAGGCCUCUCGGCUGUAAUGGUUUUCUUCAAAAAUUUGUAAGGCCUAAAGUUUUAGCACAGAAUUUUAGUAUUGCUCAUAAUAAGAAUGAAAUCAGAAUAACCCAAAAAUUAAAAAAUGGGCUUUCGGCAACGCUUAAGAUAAAAUCUCGUAGGCUCAGUACGGUAUCGCCCGAUGUAAACGAAGCAACCUGUCAAGGUCAAACAGAUAAGUUAAAGGAACAAUGUAAGACGUUGGCACAAAAACUCCGUAAGGCUUGUCAGAAGCUUGUCGAAGAAGAUCAAAAAGAAAAGAAGCUAAAAAGAGCUACAGCCAAUGCAGAAGUCAAAACAAAUAGCGCCGAGGAUAUAUCGGAUAAAUUAACCAGAAUACAGCACUUAAAACAAAAAUGCGACCAAAUGGCCAAAAAAGCAAAUGGCGAAAAAUUAGCGAAGAUUCAAGAGCUUAAAGCGAAAUGCGAUAAAUUGGUUAAAGCGGAAAAGCUCAAAAAACAAUGUAAUAAAUUGGCCCAAAAACAGAAGUGCACAAAAAAAGCUAGGCAAGAAAAGUUAAGGACUCUCAAAAAGCAAUGUAAAAAAAUGGCUAAGCAAGCAAUGUGUAAAUCUAGUGGAAAUUCUAAAUCUGCCAAUCGCAACCUUCAAAAACAAUGCAAAGCGAUGGCAGAAAAAGCCAUGUGUGCUAAAAUGGCCAAAGGUGGUAAAGGUGGUAAAGGUGGUAAAGGUGGCAAAGGUGGCAAAGGUGGCAAAGGAGGUAAAGGUGGCAAAGGAGGCAAAGGAGGUAAAGGAGGUAAAGGUGGUAAAGGUGGUAAAGGAGGCAAAGACGGCAAGGGCGGUAAAUCUAAACUAAAAAAACAAUGUAAAGAAUUGGCCGAAAAAGCAAAGUGUACUAAAUUAGCAAAGAAAAGCAAGCAAGCCAAACUAAAAAAGCAAUGUAAAGCACUGGCCCAAAAAGCAAAGUGUGCUAAAUUAGCAAAGAAAAGCAAGAAAGGUAAAGGAGGAAAACGAUGCAAAGGGGAGUGUGAUUCAAUGCCCGAUUCAAUCCAAAGAAAUAAAAAAUGCAAAGGGGAGUGCGAUUCAAUGCCCGAUUCAAUCCAAAGAAAUAAAAAAUGCAAAGGGGAGUGCGAUUCAAUGCCCGAUACAAUCCAAAGGAACAAACGGUGCAAAGGAGAGUGCGAUUCAAUGCCCGAUACAAUCCAAAGGAACAAACGGUGCAAAGGAGAGUGCGAUUCAAUGCCCGAUACAAUCCAAAAGAAAAAGAAAAGCAAAGGUAAGGGUGGUAAGGGCGCUUCUCAAGCCAAACUAAAAAAGAAAUGUAAGGCCCUCGCCCAAAAAGCAAAGUGUGCUAAAUUAGCAAAGAAAAGCAAGAAAGGUAAAGGAGGAAAAGGUAAAUCAAAGAAAAGCAAGCAAGCCAAACUAAAAAAGCAAUGUAAGGCACUUGCCCAAAAAGCAAAGUGUGCUAAAUUAGCAAAGAAAAGCAAGAAAGGUAAAGGAGAAAAACGAUGCAAAGGGGAGUGCGAUUCAAUGCCCGAUUCAAUCCAAAGAAAUAAACGAUGCAAAGGAGAGUGCGAUUCAAUGCCCGAUUCAAUCCAAAGGAAUAAAAAAUGCAAAGGAGAGUGCGAUUCAAUGCCCGAUACAAUCCAAAAGAAAAAGAAAAGCAAAGGUAAGGGUGGUAAGGGCGCUUCUCAAGCCAAACUAAAAAAGAAAUGUAAGGCCCUCGCCCAAAAAGCAAAGUGUGCUAAAUUAGCAAAGAAAAGCAAGAAAGGUAAAGGAGGAAAAGGUAAAUCAAAGAAAAGCAAGCAAGCCAAACUAAAAAAGCAAUGUAAGGCACUUGCCCAAAAAGCAAAGUGUGCUAAAUUAGCAAAGAAAAGCAAGAAAGGUAAAGGAGGAAAACGAUGCAAAGGGGAGUGCGAUUCAAUGCCCGAUACAAUCCAAAAGAAAAAGAAUAGCAAAGGUAAGGGUGGUAAGGGCGCUUCUCAACAAGCCAAACUAAAAAAGCAAUGUAAGGCACUUGCCCAAAAAGCAAAGUGUGCUAAAUUAGCAAAGAAAAGCAAGAAAGGUAAAGGUAAACGAUGCAAAGGGGAGUGCGAUUCAAUGCCCGAUUCAAUCCAAAGAAAUAAAAAUGCAAGGGGAGUGCGAUUCAAUGCCCGAUUCAAUCCAAAGAAAUAAAAAAUGCAAAGGGGAGUGCGAUUCAAUGCCCGAUUCAAUCCAAAGAAAUAAAAAAUGCAAAGGGGAGUGCGAUUCAAUGCCCGAUACAAUCCAAAAGAAAAAGAAAAGCAAAGGUAAAGGUGGUAAGGACGCUUCUCAAGCCAAACUAAAAAAGAAAUGUAAGGCCCUCGCCCAAAAAGCAAAGUGUGCUAAAUUAGCAAAAGAAAAGCAAGAAAGGUAAAGGAGGAAAAGGUAAAUCAAAGAAAAGCAAGCAAGCCAAACUAAAAAAGCAUUGUAAGGCACUUGCCCAAAAAGCAAAGUGUGCUAAAUUUGCAAAGAAAAGCAAGCAAGCCAAACUAAAAAAGCAAUGUAAAGCACUGGCCCAAAAAGCAAAGUGUGCUAAAUUAGCAAAGAAAAGCAAGAAAGGUAAAGGAGGAAAACGAUGCAAAGGGGAGUGCGAUUCAAUGCCCGAUUCAAUCCAAA